AAACCCACAAAAUACGAAGAUAUCCAGCAAGUAAUCUGUAACCUGAACAUUACCAUGCCUCCCUGUACAAAGUUUUCCCUCCCUCCCCAUGGAAGGCGGGAAUGGUCCUGACUCGGAGUUUUUGUGCUGACAGUUGGAAAGCAGUGAGGAACGGCGAAGGAAUCUUAUUCCGCUCACUCUACGGGAAUGGUACAGUACGCCCAACGAGCCAGCCAUGGCCUCUCUGAGUGCGCGCCAACGGGCAGAGCUGAAGAUGGCCCUGAUUACUGAGCAUCUUGGUCUGAGCUGGGCUGAGCUGGCGCGGGAGCUGCAGUUCUCCGUCGAUGACAUCAACAGGAUCCGGGUGGAGAAUCCGAACUCACUGCUGGAGCAGAGCGCCGCCCUCCUCAACCUGUGGGCUAGCCACGAGGGCAAGAGAGCCAAAAUGGAAAGCCUGCACUCAGCCCUGAGGAACAUUGAGCGGAAUGACAUUGUGAGCAUGCUCGAGGGCUCCGACCUCAACAGCCAGACCCUCAACAGAGGCAAGAGAAGGCAAGGCGAGCGAGAUCACAGCCUGUCUCCAGCCGUCAAUGGUUUCGCUUCAGUGCACGAGGAGAUGCGGUCACCGACCUCGCUCCGCUACACGAUGCCGAGCCCGCUCCAGGCUGACCACUUCUGGAACGACGUCGCCAGCCUGGAGGCCAUUGCCGCCGUGGGGCCGCCCGGCCCUGAGCCCCUGCUGGAGCUCUCUGACGUCGCCCCCCACCCCGCUUGGCCGUCGGGUCAUAGGCCCCCGCUGGUCGUGGCGGAAGACUCCUCCCUGGACUGCAGCCGAACCGAGGACCCCUACCCGGCCGAGGGGCCCCCUCCCGUCACCGAUGACAGCCUGAACGCCGACGCCAUCAACGGCCUGAUCGAGAUAUUCAACCAGGAGCUGGAGGACCGGGCUCUGGUGACGGAAGGAGGCCGUGCAGCUUUGCCCGCAUGCCCUCUCAGCGUGGAGAACGGCGCUUCGGUCGCUACGGGCCAACCAAAGCCCAGCACGGGGCAGACGGGGUCAGGAACCGCGAGGGGAGAGGCCGUAGAAGACCUGCAGGGCACUACCAGCUCCCAAGCCUCAUCCCUAAUGGUCCGGGGGCAGAGCAGGAGACUCCCCGAGGGCGGUCCGGCCCUGGACGAGGCCUGGAAGCUGAGGAAGGAGUGGGCCGAGAAGCCGGGUUCGGCCAGGCUGAGGGUGACCCAGGAGAAGCUGGUCCAGCCUGUACAGGACACAGCGCGGCUCGAGUCGCUGAGCCGCUCACUGCCCGAGGAGCCCCUCUGGCCUUCCGCACAAGGGUUAGCCGCGUUGGCCCUUGGCUCGGAUCCCAGGAGCAGCUGGAUCACCCUGGAGGAAGAGGAAAUGGUGGGCUCCAGUGAGGAGCUCGAUGAGGAGCUCGGCGAGAGGGAGAGCGGCUCUGAUGACGAGGAGAUAGUCGCCACCAGGGUCACGCGGAGGAGGCUCAUCGUCAAGGGUGAAGAGGCCAAGAACAUUCCGGGGGAGUCGGUGACAGAGGAGCAGUUCACGGACGAAGACGGCAAUCUGGUGACAAAGAAAGUUGUUCGGAAGGUGGUGAGGCGGGUCACCCCAGCCGAAGGGAAGGCAGAGACGGUGGAGAUACUGCAUCAGGACGCUUCGGGCUCGGAAAACCAGGCGGACAGCUCGGCAAAGUUCGGCGUGUUUGUGCGGGACUCCACAAGCACCACGCUGGGAGAGAGAGGUAGUGCCUUGUACAGUGAGUGGAUUCAUGGCCGAAUGGGCGCACAGAUUGUGAAGAGAAUCAGCUCGCGGGCGAAUCCAUCAGAGCAGUGAUUUAGGGAUGGUGACAGAAAGGGCCCUGCAUCCGCUGCCCAGCCGUGACUGCAACAAGUCGAGGAACUGGGGUUGGACUGAGGAAGAAAUUCAGACCUUCCAUUCGGCUACAGGCAUGAGCUCUAUCCGAGAGUCACUCACCUCACUUCGCAUGAUUGACCUGCCAAACGCAUGUAUCUGUCAGACUGGCCGAGGGAUGUGAACGGCCCCUGUGGACCUCCAGCAAGGAGAUGACCUUCCAAAACCAGAAACGCCUCCUCCACCUUCUCCCUGCGAAAUCCCUCAGUCCCAAACCUUUGCUUGUCCCCUUCCUGCAUCCUAACCCUCCACCCAACUAUUCAGUCCCAACCCGAAUGCUCACCUCUCUUGCGCGAGUUGAGUUGGAACUGACACCUUGGAGUCUUCACUACAGUUGUUUGCUGCCUCUGGUUCAUUUUAAAUACUAUGCAAAAGAAAAAGCAACAGCAGUGCACAGCAAUAUAUCGCAGCUCCUGCCCGGGCAGUUACACAAGCAGCUGAUGGACAGAAACCCUGUCUGUUUUGCAUUAAUGCUUUAUUUUUUUCAAAAGGGACUUGUUCGGCACUGAUCUUUAUUUUGAACGUUGACAAUGCUUUGUUGCGUUUGAGUUCUGUUCCUGUAUUUUUGUUCCUCUAAAGGGUUUUGCGGUGAGA